CCCACGUGGGUCCCGCCCCGCGGCCGCGGGACCAGAGCACUUGGGCGACGUCCGGCCGAGCGCUAACCUGAUGGCUGGCUACGAGGAGGUGCGCGUUUCUGGCUUCGAGGAGUUCAACCAGGCUGUGGAGGAGCACAAGGACAAAACCAUUUUCGCCUACUUCUCCGGUUCUAAGGACGACGAAGGGAAAAGCUGGUGCCCUGACUGCGUGAAGGCUGAGCCGGUCGUUCAGGAGGCGCUGAAGCAUGCCACGAAGGGAUGCGUGUUCAUCUACUGCCAAGUGGGGGACAGAUCUUCUUGGAAAGAUCCAAAUAAUGACUUCAGAAAAAAGCUGAAAGUAACGGCAGUGCCUACACUACUUAAAUACGGAACGCCUCAGAAGCUGGUAGAAUCUGAGUGUCUCCAGGCCAACCUCGUGGAGAUGUUGUUGUCUGAAGAUUAAUAUUUGAUGAUGGCAGUUGUGUCUUGAUCUCCUGAUUUGCUGUAGUAUGAAAAAAAAAUGCAUGUUUGCUUUGGAUUCAUUGUUAGCAGUAAACAAAUAUUAAAAAAUCA